ACGAUAAAAGAGAUUAUAUUUAUUUCUACUGAAGGGAUCAAUGGCCUGGUGUACGGUAACCUCCAUGGACUGGUGAUGACCCGCGGCCAGAAAGUAGACUGGUAUCUGCUGGGCAUGGGCACCGAAGUGGACAUGCACACUGUGCACUUCCACGCUGAGACUUUCACCUACAAGACGGACCGUGUGCACCGUGCAGACGUCUUCGAUCUCUUCCCCGGAACUUUCCAGACAGUGGAGAUGGUUGUUGGGAACCCGGGGACUUGGUUACUUCACUGUCACGUGACGGACCACAUACGCGCUGGCAUGGAGACCACCUUCACCAUCAAGGAAAACUCAUCGCAUGGUAAGGUUUAUCCUUAUUUCAAUACAAAUUUUCAGUCUAAUAUUUAAUAUUCCAUCCUUCACAUACUUAUGUAAAUAUAAUA